CGGAAAAUGAUUCGCAUAGGAUUAGUUCUCGAAUAUUCUUUUAUAAAAUUAGGUUUAGGGUUCAUCUGCAGCCAUAUAUAUACCCCAUUUUCUCUUACAAUUGUUCAUUCGUAUAUACACUCUCUCACAAAUCGACACAGUAACUGAACUCAAUACCAAAGAGAGAGCAAGAUGGCCGAGCAAACUUUCAUCAUGAUCAAGCCCGAUGGUGUUCAAAGAGGCCUCGUUGGUGAGGUUAUUAGCAGGUUUGAGAAGAAGGGUUUCUACUUGAAAGGUUUGAAACUCCAAAAUGUGGAGCGUGCUUUUGCCGAGAAGCAUUAUUCUGAUUUGUCUGCAAAGCCUUUCUUUAGUGGAUUGGUGGAUUACAUUGUCUCUGGCCCUGUUGUUGCCAUGAUUUGGGAGGGCAAGAAUGUUGUGCUCACUGGCCGAAAGAUUAUUGGUGCCACUAACCCUGCUCAAUCUGAGCCAGGAACUAUUCGUGGUGAUUUUGCCAUUGACAUUGGAAGGAACGUUAUCCAUGGAAGCGAUUCUGUUGAAAGUGCAACCAAGGAAAUUGCAUUGUGGUUCCCUGAGGGCCCUGCCAACUGGCAAAGCAGCCUCCACUCUUGGAUCUACGAGUAAAGAUAUAAACUUCACGUUGAUUGUGAAAUUCGCCUAUUUUUAUCCAUUGCUGGAACUUCAUUAGAGUUUUGUGCGUUGGUUAGGAUUUCCAGUUAUGUUGUUUCUGUUGAAACAUAUUCAGUCUGAUAAAUCCAAUCCGAACCUAGUUUUGCUUUUUCUUGUUGUUCAUUAAUGGUUUUGCUUUAAUGUUAUUGAUUUGGUUACGCAUAAAUUAUACUGUUAUCAUCUUAAGUACACAGUUUUCUGAAUAAAUUGGCAGUAACUAAAA